GAAGAAGUCGCGUGACCCGGAAGUGAGUGGGGCUUUGGUUCUGUGAAAGAAAAGCUAUCUACUAAGCUCCCGGUGCUGCAGGUUUUAGCCCUGUUUAUAGCUGUUCAACAUGGUCCAACUGGUGGGUUCCCUCCGAAAAGAGCUGUCCGACUCGCUUUCCACCAGCAAGGUGCUAGUGGUGGGAGCGGGAGGGAUCGGCUGCGAGUUGCUGAAGAACCUCGUUCUCACCGGCUUCAAAAACAUCGAAGUGAUUGACUUAGACACAAUUGAUGUCAGCAACUUGAACCGCCAGUUCCUCUUUCAGAAGAAGCAUGUUGGCAAGUCUAAAGCACAGGUGGCCAAGGAGAGUGUCUUGCAGUUCUGUCCCAGUGCAAAUAUCACUGCCUACCAUGACAGCAUCAUGAACCCUGAUUACAAUGUGGAGUUCUUCAGAAGAUUUGCACUGGUGAUGAAUGCCCUGGAUAACAGAGCUGCCCGUAACCAUGUGAACAGGAUGUGUUUGGCAGCUGAUAUCCCUCUGAUAGAGAGUGGCACAGCUGGAUACCUGGGCCAAGUCACAGUCAUCAAGAAGGGAGUGACAGAGUGCUAUGAGUGCCAGCCUAAGCCUACCCAGAAGACCUUCCCAGGAUGCACCAUAAGAAACACGCCAUCUGAGCCCAUACAUUGCAUUGUCUGGGCUAAGUAUCUCUUCAAUCAACUCUUUGGAGAAGAGGAUGCAGAUCAAGAGGUGUCACCUGACACAGCCGACCCAGAGGCUGCAUGGAACCCAGACGAGGCUGCAGCUCGUGCCUCAGCUUCAGAAAAAGAUGGGGACAUCAAGCGUGUUUCCACCAAAGAAUGGGCCCGCUCCACUGGAUAUGACCCCGUCAAACUCUUCAACAAGCUUUUCAAAGAUGACAUCAUGUACCUGCUGGCCAUGGACAAGCUGUGGAAGAAGAGGAAAGCUCCAACACCUCUGGACUGGCAGCAGCUUGAGAACAGUGUGUGUCCUCAGGAGGAGGCUGCGGGUCCAGGUUUGAAGGACCAGCAGGUUCUGGGUGUUUGGGGUUACUGCCAGCUCUUUCAGCAUAGUGUGGAGAAGCUCCGCUCACAGCUGCAGGAGAAGGGAGAGAAUGCUGAGCUGGUCUGGGACAAGGAUGACCCCCCAGCCAUGGACUUUGUUACUGCAGCAGCAAACCUACGUAUGCACAUCUUUAGCAUGAACAUGAAGAGCCGCUUCGACGUAAAGUCCAUGGCAGGAAACAUCAUCCCAGCUAUUGCUACAACCAACGCUAUCAUUGCUGGCCUCAUCGUGCUGGAGGGGCUCAAGAUCCUGUCGGGGGAACUGGAAUCCUGUUGCACGAUCUUCCUAAACAAGUGUCCAAACCUCAGGAAGAAGCUGCUGGUCCCAUGUGUCCUGGACCCACCUAGCACCAGCUGCUAUGUCUGCGCUAGCAAGCCUGAAGUCACAGUCAAACUCAAUGUCCACAAAACCACGGUUCUUUCUCUGCAGGACAGGAUUCUGAAGGAGAGGUUUGGCAUGGUGGCUCCAGAUGUUCAGAUAGAAGAUGGGAAAGGGACCAUCCUCAUCUCCUCUGAGGAAGGAGAGACAGAAGCCAACAACAGCAAAUUUCUUGCCGACUUUGGGAUCCGCAAUGGAAGUCGUCUGCAAGCCGAUGACUUCCUACAAGACUACACACUCCUCAUCAGCGUCAUUCACAUUGAGGAACUAGAGCGAGAUGUGGAAUUCGAGGUGGUAGGCGAGGCUCCCGACAAAGCUCCACUCCCUCAGAGUAACCCAGAAGAGGUUAACAGCAUCACCAACGGCAAUAAGGACUCUGCCCAGCCGUCCACCUCCUCUAAAGCUCCAGCAGAAGAUGACAACAUCAUGAUUGUUGACUCUGAUGAGGAGGGGGGGGCCUCUUCCAGCUCAGCAGCAGCGACCAGUGGCUCCAAAAGGAAGCACUCAGACACAGAAACCGGUGAGACCUCCACCAAGCGUCCACGAACAGACCAGUCAAGUGCAGCGGCUGCCCCCACCGAAGAUGACGAUGACAUCAUUGCUCUAGACUAACCCCUCCUAGCUGGUCUCUUGAAGGACUGAACUUUUUAAAUGUCAUUUUGACUCAAGACUGAUAGUAGGCUAAAAUAAAACACCUCUUUUAUGAA